AUGUCAUCAACAGAUGACUUCGUUACUGAAAUGAAUUUAGUAAUUCGAUACUUCAAUAUAUCAGCUGGUUCACUUGUUUUUAUCGUGGGAUUAUUCGGCAAUAUCAUGAACACAAUAAUUUUUCUUAGCUUGAAAACCUUUCGUAAAAAUCCAUGUGCCUUUUGUUUACUUGUAAUGUCCAUAGCUGAUAGUAGCUUAUUAUUAUCCAGUGUAUUACCUAACAUUUUGUUAAACAUCAUCAAAGACCAUAGUGAUGCGAAUAAAAGGCUUACAUGUAAAAUACAGACGGCUUCUGCACAAAUUUUUGGUUUGAUGUCACAUACCACCAUGUGCUUUGGAGCUAUUGAUCAGUUCACGUCGACAUCAUUGAAUGAACCUCGACGACGUUUCAAUCUCAAAUCGAUUCAGUGUCUAAUUAUUAUCGCUAUUGUUAUUUCUAUUUUAUACGGUAUUCCGUUUUUUAUCUAUUACGAUGCAAUACCACUAUCUGGAACCAAUGUAACAGUAUGCCUACCGAAAAACAGUGGUGGACUAUUCUCAAAAUAUGUAGUAUAUGUUGAUUUGCCGAUUUUCGGUGGAUUUUUGCCUGUUACGAUUAUGAGCAUACUUGGUCUGUUGACUUUUCGUAAUGUUCGACGUAUGGCUAGGAAACAUAUACCAAUUUCACGGCUACAUUUAGAUCAACAGUUAACUGGAAUGAUUCUAAUGAAAGAUCUCAAUUUUUGUGUCACCGUCGUUCCGUUUCUUGUUGUUUAUAUAGUUCGACACAUCGUAUCAUUACAUACUAACGAUACUAUUAUUCGAACACAAUUUCAAUUAGUCAAUCGUGUUUUUGUCAUGUUAUUCUACGUAAACUAUGCAGAUAAUUUCUAUAUUUUUGUUGCAUCGUCUGGUCGUUUUCGUCGACAAUUGAAAUAUGUUUUAAUUAAUAUUCAUUUCAAACUGUGGCGUGCAAAAAGAAAUAUGAAUCGAAUUCAUCCUGCGGCAGAACGUUUUGAACUUUCGUUGACUAGCUAUUUUGAGCUUAUCAAGUUAAUGGUCUAUUGUUCGUUUAAUAAAAUUGAUAUACAACAGAUUUUAUCAGUGAAAUAA